CUCAGUACGACCAGGAAGUAUAUUACGGGUAUGCGAGGCCACCUUGACUAUACACCCGUGAGAUAUACAGGCAGCUAGACUUGGCAUAGCUGAAGCACGAAAAUUACUUGGACUAUUUUCUCUCUCAAACAGUGCAUAACACCUGACAUGUUUGUCAGGUUGUCAUAUGUUGUUAACUCAAUGCAGUACCCAAAACAACAAUGACUGUUUGUGGAUUUUACCUACUGACGUUCCUGGCUGUACUUGGAUAUCGGAUGAGCAAUGCUGCCAGUACGACCACCGGUACUAUAACACCUUCACCUACGGCCGGAAGGGUUACCAAUCUAAAGUCGUUUGACAACACCUCCCGCUCUGUUGCUGUGGAAUGGAGCAGACCACACCAACCUAACGGGAAUAUCUUUGAGUACAUUGUCGACGUGAGGACGGACCUUCGGUGUGUGAAGCGGGUCAUCAUUAACUGCACUGGAUGUAGCAGAAAUCGGACCAUGCCACAGAUGCAGAUGGAAUGUACAACAACCAUGACAGUGGUGAUAUCUCAGACGGACAUUGAAAAUAUCGCCCACGUCAUACAGCACAACUUGACAGGCCUGAACCCAGAUAUAGUUUACAAAAUAGAAGUAGUAGCUGUCAAUGAUGAGGGGCCAGGCACACCGGACAAAGUCUAUUUGCACACACCUGAAGAAGCUGCUGGUGACCCUACAAACUUCACGGCACAGAGCAAGUCAUCAAGCGAGAUAACUCUGAAAUGGGAUCCUCCACAGCCCCGACCUGGUGUCACACAGUACAACCUAACUGUGUAUGAAAAACAGGAAGAGGGCGAGGGUUACGACACUUUGCGGACCAUAUACUUUUCGGAUUGGGCAACUAAGACGUAUACCAUUGGCAAUCUCUCCAGCUACUGGUCGUACAAGUUUGAUAUUGUAGCUGAGACAGUCAUUGGUGCUUCCGCCAUUGUCAGCAGCAGCCCUGAGAGGACGAUGGAAUCAGAGCCAACUGUUUCGACGAACUUCCAGAUCACGAAACUCCCAAAUGUAUUCAACAUGGUCCGAGUGUCGUGGAAGUGUCCCAAACAGAAGGAUGGACGAAAUGGAGGGAUUGUCAGCGCCAAUUUGAAUUACUUUACAACCCAGCCGGCAGCAUAUGUGGAACCUGUACGGAAGAACAUUAACUUAUCAGCCGGAGGAACUGACUGCAUGUGGGACGAGACUGUUACAGUCACUACAGAAUUCUUGUACGAGUUCCUGGUUCGUCUCUACAACAAUGGUUUUGCUGGUGCCAUAGUAAAUGCCAGUUUCUACAUACAAGGCGGACCACCAUUACAGACGGCAGUUACAAAUUCCGUGAAAGAGAGAACUGAGAAAUCGGAGACGCCAUCAUUACUCAUUUGUCCCCGCUGUCUUCAUGAUCGCACAAAUGGCCAAGUAAACAACACAGGGUUAAUAGUGUGUCGAAAAGACAACUGUGGGCACGCCAGAAAUCGUCGCCAAGCUACUACUGUAGUGGAUUAUGACAAUAUGGCCAACUGGAAUGAAGCCAAUGCACAGGAUUUUGAUAUUACCUACAGAGCAACAAAAAAAGACUGGCUUGACGGAAAUAUUCGAAAAUCAAGUUUAAUUUUCACACUCGGAAAUGAGGAUUGCAGUGGAAACACGAAAAAUAGCUUUUGUAAUGGAAAACUCCCCACAGGGGAAACAUUUAUUGUGUUUGCAUUUUCUUGCACGAAUUAUGGAUGCACCACGAGCAACAGAAUAGAAAUAUCAACACCAGCUCAAGUACCAGUUGCUGUCGUGGUCGGAGGUGUAGUUGCUGUGGUAGUUGUCAUGCUCGUUGUGAUAGGCAUCUUUAUCAUUCUGCGACGAAAAAAUGCACAAAGGGAAAAGCCUAAUAAGAACAGAGAUCAAGUCAUCGCCAAUUUUCGUCCAGAACUAUAUCACAUAUAUGACGAGAUUCCUGAUGCUCGGAUGGUGACUGUCCACAGCAGUCGCAGUCAUGAGGGUCACGUAAACUAUGUGUCUGGACAGUCCUCUCGAGAUAGAUAUAACACGUACGACCAGCUUGCAACCUACCCGAAUGCAGAUAGUCAUGAAUAUAGAAGGAUAAAUAUUGAAACCAGAUUUAAAUAAGGUAAACAGAAGCACGAGUUGCGUGAAUAACUGACAUGUUUCGGCAAUGCUAUACUUACAACACAUCAGUACAAAUGCCCUGGAUAUAUAUUAUAGUUUGUGACAAAUAUGUACUCUAUGUAUAGAUCCAUGAAUGUACAUUUAUGCGACAGGUGUCAAGAAAUAUGCAUAAUAUUCUCAAAAAUAAUUACAUAUUUAUACAAAAAUAUGUUAUGAGUAUGGGUUUUUUCUCAAGCAAUUAGCCAGUAUCAGACAUCUGACUUUUUCAUAAGGUGAUGUGAGGGACAGGCCAAACUGGAAUCUAGCAUCAUCACUAUUUGAUAGUGAUUCAUAAACAAGUGCCCAAGGAGUCGUACGGAGUUGGAAUCGUACAAUCGACUAGACCCAGACCCGUGAAGAUCCGGGGUAGAAUAGGUCUUCAGCAACCCAUACUUGCCGUAAAGGCGACUAUGCUUGUCGUAAGAGGCGACUAACGGGAUCGGGUG